AUGGCCAGCUUCCGCAACGUCUUCCAGCAGCCGGAGCUCGCGGCCAUCGUCUUCAAGUACCAAAGUGGUAUCUACGAGGACGUGCGUUCGGCUUUUCGCGCGUUCAAGAACCAUGUGCGCUUCCACGACGGGACGUACAUCAUCGACCCGCGCUUCGUCGAGGCCGUUGGCGACCUCGUACCCACGGACGCUCGGCUAAUCGAGGCCUCCGACUAUGUCUUGCCUGCGAAUCAGCGCGACAGACGCUUUCUCUUGCACGUCGCCAUUGCUCGCGACCUCAUGGACUGGGUGUUGCGCCUGUUGCGCUGCCGGCCGGUCCUCGCUUCCGGAGACGCGAUCCUCGUCGCCCUCGGCUGCAACCGGCUCGAGAUCGCCGAAGCGCUCUUGGACAUGCGUCCCAGCGUGCCGCUGCUCAACCGGACCAAAAAGCGCCGGCAUGGAUACUUGAUGGCGGUGUUUGAGCGCAUCAUUGCCAUCGAGAACGUCCGCGGCCUCCAGCUGCUCGCGCGCUUUGGCUUGUGCCGCAAAGACUUUUGGUCUACUGCAGACGAUGUGAUCGCCGCUGUGUUGCGGGGCAACGCCGCCAACAUCCCGACAAUCCUUGAGCUCCUGCCGUGGCUGGCGUGUCCCCGCCUCUUUGACGCUGCCGCUGGCAAGGGUCUUCUGCAGGUUGUCCAACAUCUGCACAACGGCGGUGUGGGCUGCUCCUCUCGAGCUAUGGACGGCGCUGCGACGAACGGUCAUCUGGACGUAGUUGAGUUUUUGCACACGCAUCGGCGCGAGGGCUGCACGUGGGCUGCCAUGGACAACGCGGCAGGAAACGGCCACCUUGAUGUCGUCUCGUUCCUUUAUCGCAACCGCGCCGAAGGCUGCACGAUCGAGGCACUGCACGGUGCCAUCAGCAAUGGCGCUCUGGACGUCAUUGACUUUCUCCUUGCGCAGCGAUCGGACGGCGCGUCACCGUAUGCCAUCGACGAGGCUGCCAGCUGCGGCCAAUUGCAGGUGGUCAUGCAUCUCCACACGACCGGCACGUUUGGCGCGACCGUCCGUGCGCUGGACGAGGCCAUUUUGCAUGGGCAUCUCGACGUCGUGCAGUUCCUCUUGGAGAACCGAAGCGAAGGCAGCAGUCACGACGACCUGGUGCGCUACGCACUCGAGUGCGUGCAGCCAGCCAUUGCGGAGUUUUUGAUCGCGCGCGGGUACCCGUUCCCCAAUGCAGUGACCGUGCGCGGAAAUGCGCUGAUGAGCUCGGUGAACGCUACCGAGACGGUGAACUCGGUGGACGCUACCGCUACUAUUAUCGAGACGAUCCAGCAUCUCGUGAAGCUUGGUGUGCCCUGGAGCUCCGACUGGAUGGACGCGGCAUGCGCAAGCCACCGCCACUUCCCGCUGGUCAAGUACCUUCAAGAUCACUCGUCUGCUGGAUGCACAACAAAGGCUCUCGACGGCGCUGCGAAAGCUGGCGCUUGGGACAUUGUCGAGUUCCUCUUGCAGCAUCGUCUCGAAGGUGGGUCCAUUGAAGCCGUUGCAGCCGCCAUCGAGGCCAACAACAUGGAUAUGGUCGCGCAACUUUUGAUGCGAACGCCCGCGCUCCGUGGUGACCCGGGCUUCCUGUGGAGUGCGAUGCAGUGGAACCGUGUCGAAGUGCUUCCGUACUUUGACAUCGACAUCCGAGCCGCCAAGAAGCUCCUCGUCUCUCUUGUUGGCUUCCCCAACCAUGCGACGUUCAGCAAAGCUCUGCUGCCGCACACCAUGCACCCCGACCACCCACGCAUCAACCUCGAGUACCUCUUGGGCCUCUUUCCGGACACGGUAGACAACGGGCGACGGAUGGUGCGCCACGACCUCGCGCGCGAGGUCGCGCGCGACCUCGCGCGCCAGCUCGAACUCCAGGGACGCAAGCUGCUUGACGGUCUGCCUCGUGCACCGGGCGCACUCUUGGCGCGUGCCGAUGAGCUGCGUGGGCGUGGUGCCAUCAGAGAUUGGGCCAUCGCUGUCUUUCUCGAGCACUGGAGUGAAGGUGUGAGAUUGGGCACGCUGAUCGUCCGCAUCAAUCGCGUUCAGUUUUGGUUGAGCAAGGUUCAAGACGACGAGCUCCGGACGAUGCUCGAGCAGCAACUUUUCAUGUAG